UGCCCUUCCAGAGAUACAUACAAGCCAACACAGGCGACGAGCGUUUGACAGCGCGGUGUCGGCGUUUCUGAGUACACAGUACAUGAGUGUGCUUCUUGUCCAGUUACCAGCCAGCCGCGUUCCGCACGUCUCGCCGCCACACAUCGCCGCAGGCCGUUCAGACUCGCUCCCGUGUGCAGAGGAGGACAAUUUGCGUGAAAAGGCGCGAUCGUCGCGUGUGCACAUCGACCGCAUCCGCUCAGCUCGAGGCCGAAGGAAUAGAAUGCCGUCGGCGGCCAGCGUCAAGAUCGAAAAGCCGGCGGGUGCCGCGACGGCCGACAAUGGUCUCGUCGACAACGCCAACGUGACGCCGCUGCGGCAGGCGAUCACCGUCGUCGAGCACAAGAUACGGAAUCUGGAAAAGCGCAAGUCAAAAUUAGAAUCCUAUAAAGAUCUCCAAAAAUCCGGCAAGGAUCUAAAUCAGGACCAGAAGACCGCCAUCGCCAAGUAUGACGAAGUAAUUACCACGCUCGACUUUGCGAGAGACUUGUGCAAACAGUUCCUAAGCAUUGCUGUGGUUAGUGAGAAGGACGACAAGAAGAAAGCACGCAAAGAAGCGUUUGCAAGGAGUCAGGCUGAGUUAACCAAGGUCCGUGAAGUAUUAUUAAUUCAAGAUGCGCUCUCGAAUAUGGGACAAGAGGUAAUCCGAGACGAUUUCCUAAACGCUAGAAAUGGAGCAGCUCAAUUGACGCAGGCAGAUAUCAAAUUAUUGGAUGAUUAUUACACUGUGGUGACACCGAAACAUGAAGCCGGCGACCCGACGGCGUUCAUGCCGCAAGUGCAAGCUGCCGCUGAGCAUCUACUUGCCGCCAUUGACGGAAAGAGUAAAGAAGUUUUCGGUUCAACAUACGCGAACGUCAAGGAAGUGAUUGGUAAGGUGCACGAGAGUGGAUACCUUGACCAGGCUGUUGAAACAUAUGAUGAGAACGCGAUUGAACCGGAAAUGUUGACGGAGACGCCCGCUGAGCCUGUAAUGGAGCAGCAAUUGCUGCAGCCUGUCAUGGAGGCACCCAUGUUGGCCGCGAUGCCAAUCGUAGAGCAGCCACCGAUGCAACAGCAGCCCAUGCAGAUGGAGCCGCCGAUGCAGCCGGUGGUUCAGGCACAACCAGUUCCUGACCAGCAGAUUUACUACCAGCAACCACCUCCUGCGCCUCAGCAGCGACCCAUCGCCGAGGUCAUCGGCACUGGGAGUUUCUUCUUUUUACAAGACUCUGAGUUAGACACGCCGCCAGAACAAAUACCUUCGCAAACAUUCACAAACCAGACUUAUGUGGGCGCACCGCCACCACCGAUUCCGAUGCCGCCGCAAUUCCACCAACAGUAUCAACCGAAUCCACAAGCCCCGCCGCAACAACCGAUGCCUCCUCAGCAACAGCAGCAACCACCCCAACAGCAACAACAGCAGCAGGUUCAGUCUUCGCCGCCGAUGCCAGCGCCACCUAUGACGAAAAAGAACGGAUACGGUGAUCAUCAACCUGAGCAUCAGCAGGAUGAGGUCGUACGGCAUCGCGGGAAUAAUAAUCGACACCAUCAGCAGCGCUCGAACAUCACUACGCAUCAUCAGACAUUUUUCGCCAACAACAACGGCUACAAUCCACGGCCUAACCGGAAUCGCAACAACGCACCUAGACUAAACAAUCGACAGAGCAACAACAACCAGCAACAGCCACCACAAUAAAAGCGACGAAGUAAACCAAUGAAGAACACCACCUAUUUGGGGACGGAUACAAUGCGUUGACUCGGCUAUAUCUCAAUCGCGUCAUUUUUCUCACUCACUUUAGCUACUCGUCCGACAUUUUAACGCUUGAACAACGCACAAGGUGAUUGACGACUCCAUAAAUUCAAUGCAAGAUCAAACGACAAAUCUAUAUACCGAGAUGUGAUUUUCACGAAGCAGCAAGAAAGUCAAUUUAAAACUAAAUAUAACACUACUCUAUGACUAGCUAGGUUUUAAAUUGCCAACAUACGUUUUAUUUAAAUGUAAUCGCAACCAUUUAAUUACAAUUUAAUUAUUUGCCCCCCAUUUUGUUUGGAGACUUGAAUUUCUAGAGUCGAAGGUUGGUAAAAGGUUCGCCUGGCGUUAUAGUUUCUCGGAAAUUACUGAAGCAGUAUCAUUGAUUGUAAAUUCUUUACCAUUUCCAAUUAUUUUUAUAUGCCACACACUGGAUUAUGUUCUUUAGUUUGUUUCGAUUGUAAAUUCUUUCGCAUUAGCAUUUAAGUUCUCUCUUUAUAAUUGAUUGGAGACUAUGAAACACUUUAGUCGUCAAAAUAAUUGAAAGAAAUAUUUCGAAUGCAACUCAGCCGUCGCAUCCAAUAAAUAUUUUCAAAUUCUA